CCCGCGCGAGCGCUCGAACGCGCGCGCGUAUUUCGCGCGACCGGGCGCGCGGGCGCGCGGGCGCGGCGCGGGCGCGAUGGCGACGGCGCGCGGCGACGACGACGCGCGCGCGGCGACGACGCGACGCGAGGACGACGACGACGACGACGGGACGCGCGCGAGGACGCGCGACGCGCGGGACGCGGCGAUGCGCGAGGAACUGGCGAAACGAUUUCCCACGUGCGAUUGGCGGGAGGCGCGGGCGAUGGACGACGCGUGCCUGGUGCUCGUGCGCGCGGCGGUCGCGGCGGAGCGACACGGGGCGAGGGCGCUCUCGUGCGGGGCGCGGAGAGUCGCGGGCGAGGACGAGGACGACGCGUCGCAGAGAAUGGCGCGGGGGGGAUCGAACUCGUCGAGCGCGUCGGCGGGGACGUCGUUUUCGCGCGAGGCGUACGAGCUGGAACAGCUGACGGCGGCGGUGCGCGGCGCGGGUCUGAAGACGCCGGAGGAGACGGAGUAUAAAUUGGUGUUUUGCGGCGCGGACGUCGGUGGGAUGCUAACGAGGACGAUGCAGGUGGUAGAUAGGAUCGGGUUGGAGGUGAAGGAUGCGCAGGCGCACAAGAGCGUGGACGGAAUGGCGUUGAAUUUUUUCACCGUCGUCGGGUACGAGGGCGAGGACGAACGCGCGCUCGAGGAAGCGGUGGAGGCUGCGCUUGUGAACGAGGAAAGCGAGGAGAAGAAGCCGCCGGUACCUUUGAUCAUCAACGCGGCACCGCCGAAGUCGGGAGUGAAGCGCCGGAGAGACGCACGGGCGCGAGGUGGUGAAGCUUUUUCCCCGAGCACGUCUGCGGAGCAUCACGGUAAAUCGCAACGGGCGGCUGCGAGCUUUGGCGGACGCGCUUCUAGUCGGCGUUCGCAUUCGCGGUCUGGCUCAGAACUGUCGAUGAAUGACUCGUUCAACAAUACAGCAUCGGCGACGGAUACGCCGGGGAGUGAAGAAGCUACAGAGGAACCCAUGUCGGAGGACAACAGCGACGGCGCGUUGAGCGUAGGAAGCGACAUCGAUUCGAAAAAGCUUCAAAUCGGACGCAAAAUCGGUGAAGGGACGUUCGGAACGCUGUAUCACGGCAUUUAUCCCAGCAGAACGAGAGAAGGACGAGUCGUUCACAUCGAAGUCGCGCUAAAAUAUGUGACGCUCAAGCGGGACGAUGUCAAAUCGGCGCGGCUUGACUUUUUCCAAGAAGUCAAGAUGCUUCGAACUCUCAAGCACGCAAACCUUGUCGGGUACGUUGGCUCGGUGGUCGAGGGAUCGGAGCUAUGCUUGGUGACAGAAUUCAUGGCAAAGGGUCCCUUACUAGAGUACUUGCGCGAAAAUGGUCCGAUGCGAAAGGUGGAAGCGAUACGAGUCGCCGUCGGCAUCACGCGAGGCAUGACGUACUUGCACGAAGUGGGCGUGAUACAUCGAGACUUGAGGGCUGCGAACGUCUUACUUUCUGGAUCUUUUGACGCAAAAAUUUCCGAUUUUGGUCUUGCACGUCGCGUACCUCGAAACCGAUCGAGGAUGACCGCGGAAACAGGCACGUAUCGAUGGAUGGCUCCGGAGGUCAUCACGCACGGCGAGUACGACGUCAAGGCAGAUGUGUUUUCUUUCGCCAUUACGCUUUGGGAAAUCGUCACCGGAGGCGCAAACCCGUACGGGGAGUUGAAUCCUCUUCAAGCCGAAUUGUUGGAAAACCGUGCCGCAGUCGCGGCCUCGUUUUAGAGAUUUGCAGCCUUUACUCGAAGCG